AUGGAGGACGAUGGCUUUUCUUGGGCUUUUUCUGACGUGUAUGGGCCGGUGGAUGAUUGUGAGAGGCUCGCGCUGUGGGAGGAGCUUAGUGUGGUGAAGGGCCUGUGGUCUCUUCCAUGGUGUGUGGUCGGGGAUUUCAAUGUGGUUAGGUCCCCGUCGGAGAGAUCUAUAGGUGGUCAAUGGACUCCGGCUAUGAUGCAAUUUUCGGAGUUUAUUGAUGGACAUGAGCUUAUUGACCUUCCAUUGGAGGGAGCUACUUUUACAUGGUCCAGCGGUAGGGAGGUGCCUACUCUUUCCCGCCUGGAUAGAUUCUUGAUUUAUGGGAAGUGGAAGGAGAAGUUUCCGGAUGCAGUUCAGGCUGGUUUGGCUACGGUGACGUCGAACCACAUUCCUUUGGUUUUGGAUUGUGGAGGAUUGAGACCUCAUUGUACUCCAUUCAGAUUUGAGAACAUGUGGCUUAGAGCGGUUCAUUUUCAAGGGAAAGUGCGGUCUUGGUGGGAGGAGGACAUGGUGGUGGGAACGUCGAGUUUUAUUUUGUCAGGAAAGCUUCGAUUCCUGAAGAACAAACUCAAAAGAUGGAAUAAGGAGGUGAACGGUAAUCUAGAGUGGAGGAAGAAUAGGGCCCUCGCUGACAUUGCUGAGAUUGAUAGAUUGGAAGGGGGUGGGUGGGAUGGGUUAGAGAGUUCUUUUACAAAAGAGGAGGUUUUGAAGGCUUUGAAGAGUUGUAAUGGUGACAAAGCUCCAGGUCCGGAUGGUUUCACAAUGACGUUUUUAUUAGAGAGCUGGGAAGUGGUUAGACAGGAGGUUAUAGGCACUUUUCAUGAGUUCCAUUCUAAUGGGAGAGAGGAUGGGUUUCGAAGAGAGAUGGAGGAGAUGGAUCGACGCGUGUGUUUCCUCAGUCAGAUUUUCUGUGUUGGUGAAUGGGUCUCAAUCCAGUUGAUGAGAAGAGCUAUGGAUUUUGGAUUUAUCCGGGGCUUCAGGAUUGGUCCAGAUUCAGUUCAGCAAAUGGAGAUCUCUCACCUGCUUUUCAUGGAUGACACUCUGGUUUUCUGUGACAUAGAUGUGUCCCAACUGAGAUAUUUGAUAUGCGUGCUGGUCUACUUUCAGACAGUCUCAGGAUUGAAAGUCAACAUGGGUAAGAGUGUGCUUGUUCAUGUGGGAGAAGUUCAGGAGGUGGCUUCUCUUGCGGCGGUUAUAGGAUGCGGGACGAGCUCCUUCCUUAUUUCUUACUUGGGCUUGCCGUUGGGUGAUUCGUCAAGGAGUGUGGGAAGUUGGAACCCGGUGAUAAAGCGUUUCGAGAGAAGGUUGGCUGGGUGGAAAAAGCAAUAUCUUUCGAAGGGAGGGAAAGUUACUUUGGUGAAGAGUACAUUGUCCAAUCUUCCAACUUAUUUUCUUUCGCUUUUCCAGAUCCCCUCCUCUAUUGUCGGAAGACUUGAGAUGCUUCAACGGAACUUCCUCUGGGGUGGACAGGGGGAGGAGUUUAAAUUUCAUCUUGUCCGGUGGGAGUAG